AUGGAUGGGGUGAAGAUUAAGACGAUUCUGCUGAUGAAGGCGAUGGUGGUUAUCAUGGCGUUUCACUUUCUUCCUUCGAUUGUCGAAGAGAAGAGGCUAGGUGGAAAGAUAGAGACCAUGAGGAGAAGGUUCAACUUGAUGCUUUCUGAGGGAAAAGAAAGCAGGGAGAAGCUUAGAAUGCUGAAGACAUUGAUAAACAAUGCAAGGCAUCACGGAGACGGAGACAUCCCGUUUGAUGGAUCUGUGGAGGAGGUUAGGGAGGCCUACCGCAAGCUGAAGGUAUGCAGUGUCCCUGUCUUCCUAAGGCUUUCGAGCGUAUAUAACACCUCUAUCUUUUUCCCUGUGUUUUUGCCUGUGCUCAUACAAAGCAUAAAGAUCCUGAGAUAUAGGGACUACUGCUGA